AUGGCACACACUGUACAGGGGGAAGUAGUUCGGGCACUUGUGAGAGGAGUUUGUACAUCACCUCGGCCCCCGGCCAUAUGACAGACCCGGCUCGGCCUCCCUGUUCCCCGCAGGAUGACCAUGUCUUCUUGUCACAUUAAGGACUUGUUCUUAUACAAUGUCCCGGCUCCCGUCAUGUUCCGCUUCUAUGAAAUAAUGGACGCCCUGGAUUAUGCAGACUGGAACAGGUUCGCAUCGAAGAUUAUUCUUGACUUGACAUCUCUGCGUCUCCUUGAACAGCAGAACCAGGGCUCGCGCACACAGAGUGUAAUGUGGAAUUGGAUGAACAGAAAUGCACGUGUCGGGGAGCUACUGAGUAUACUGGAGAGCCUAAGACUCCUACGUGCACUUAAUGUCUUCCAGUCAUGGGGCUUAGAAUAUUUGCAUUGUGACCCAGCACCCCAAAAUCCUGCUUCUAGUAGACUCUCAUCAAUGCCUCAUUGUUCACUUCCCUCUCCUGCUCCUGAACCCCGAUACCAGGGGGAGAAAGAGAAGACAAAGGAACCAGCAGCAGAAUCUACUCAGCCCUCUGAGCUACCUCUACCACUGCCACAUCCCCCUCCAAAAAGUCUCUGUAGCAGCAGCUAUUCAUCCAGGACGUCCAGUUCAGAGGGAAGCACUGGCAGCAGUAGAAGCACAGUCCACUCUUCUGUGCAGGAAUCUAUUGUAUCCAGUUGUGACAUAGAUACUUCAAGGCAGUUGAAGUGGAGCUUUCAAGAAAUAGUCCAGGCUACAAACAACUUCUCAAGGUCUAUGCUGAUUGGUGAAGGAGGCUUUGGCUGUGUUUAUAAAGCAACCAUGCGACACACAGAAUAUGCAGUAAAGCGCCUUAAGCAGAAUUCUGAGCUGGAGUGGAAUACAGUGAAAAAGAGUUUUCUUACAGAGAUCGAGAAGCUGACAUGUGUUCGACAUCCGAAUAUCAUUGAUCUCGCCGGGUAUUGCACAGAGGGGGAAGAGUACUGUCUUGUUUAUUUAUAUCUGCCGAAUGGCUCUCUGGAAGAUAGACUGCACUCUGAGGGAAACUUUUUGCCACUCUCCUGGGAACAACGUUUGGGCAUCCUGCAGGGGGCUGCCUGUGGAAUUCAGUUCUUGCACAGCUGCCAGCCCAGCAUCAUUCAUGGGGAUAUCAAGAGCUCCAACAUCCUUUUGGACCACACUCUUACCCCAAAGCUUGGGGACUUCGGGCUGGCUCGAUUUAGUCGGUACACAGGAGAUGGAGGAAAGAGCCGCACUGUGGCGCAAACCACGACCGUGAGGGGAACCCUGGCAUAUCUGCCCAAUGAGUAUGUGCAACUGGGGAAGCUUACAUUGGCACUGGACACCUACAGCUUUGGAGUGGUUUUACUGGAGAACCUGACGGGACGGAAAGCCAUAGAGGAAGAGAGCACAUCCCAUUCUGUAUACUUGAAAGAUUUAGUGGAGAAAGAAAAGAGCCAAGAGGCAAAUCAAACCAGCACUGGGCAGGAACAGAAGAAAAAAUGUCUUUUGCUUGUGGCCUCUCGAAUGUGCCAACAGCAUCUGGACGAGCGGGUUGGGCCCUGUUCAAGAAAUGUGGCACAGGAUCUUUUUUUACUGGCCUGUCAAUGUCUAGAAAGGCAGAAGAAACGUCCCAGCAUGGUAGAGGUCUUCAACACCUUGAAAAGUUUGCAUGAAGUUUUGCGUGAUUCUCAGCUAGAACAAAUAAAGGACCUUUCUGUGUCUCAAUCAUCAGUUUCUACCCAUCAAGAGCGAUUUCCACGAAUGGAUGAUCUUAUGUCCAGUUUUUUGGCCACCCCCGAGGAGAACACUUACAAAUUCACUCCAUGUGAAAAUCUUGUGGUACUUCCAAACAGCAGAAGUGUCCAGCCUUAUAAUCCCCCUGUCUCACUUUACAAAGGGAAACUGGACAGUUUAUGUAGUGCAGCAUCUUCAGGAAAAAGUCUAAGAACAUUUCGGGGAAAUCAGAACAUUCCAGUUGAGAGUGAUGAAAGUAUAUCUGACUCUUGUCUCAAUGACAGCUACUUGGGUAUGAGGGAUUUGUCUAGCCCAGGCAGCCAGCAAGGUGACAACUCACCACAAGGGGGGGCCAUACAGUAUUUUAAUCAACUUUACAGACCACAACAUCUUAUUGCUCCUGGUGGACACAUUAACCAUUGCAAUAGCUUAGAAGGAGGUAUUCACUCUGCAGCAUCUAAUUCUCAAGUUUGCUUGCCACAUCACCAGAUCGUCAUGAACCCAGCCAAGCAAAAGCUUGUCGAGCAGGUGGCGCUGUACGAGCAGGGGAAAAUAAACAGCAUCGAGCUUCUCUCAUCUGGAGCCAUUCCAGGACAGCAGCCCGAGUCUCGUGGAUACCCUGAAGAGAGUGAUGAUUUUCCCAGCUAGCCUGCAAUACUAAAAAAAACAACAAAAAAAACUGGAAUGUAGUUCUCAUUACUAAAUCAGUGCUGCAGAAAGGCUUGCUUUGUCAGUCUCACUUCAUACUGCGGUCCAUGCCUGGAAAGGAGAUGAAUGUCCAGUAUUAUGUUCUCUCUUGCCAAUGUUCACUUUAGUUUCCUUCAGUUACGACAGUAUCGGAAGAAGAAUUCACCUAAGCAGGCACCACCAGCAAAGAAGGUGUUAAAUAGCUGAUAGCGGAUACUAUUAUAAAAGGAGCCAUAAGAAAGCUCAGUGAAGAGAGAUUUCACAUCCUCACAUCGGUUGCUUGGAUAAAGAAUUGAACAUAUAGAACAAUCAAAGACUUUAUUAUUUAUUUCUGCUGUUUAUUUGAUAUGUAACAAAAUAUACUUUAUUGUGCCUGAUUGUAAAAACACUACUGCUGACACGUACGUUGGCAGAUCCUCGGUGCAGCACUCUUACUAUAGCAUACAGAGACCACAUCCUAAUUUAUUGUACUUUUCUUCAGGAGGUUAUAUAUAUAUAAACCUUAGCCAGCAUCUUCUCAUUUUUAUUUUUUUUUAUCAUAUCCAGGGUUAUAAUAUAGUAUUGAGCUGGUGAAAGUUUUUAUGUAUAAAAUGAUGCUUUAUAUAACGGUUAACAAUUGAGGGAACGUUGCAAUGCAAAAAUGCUCUGAUUCAUUAGAAGCCCUUUAUUUUUGGUUAAACACACAGGUAAACUCCCAUAAGGGAGUUGCAAGCACUGACGUUCCUAGGUGGAUUACAGCCAGUGAUAUUAGUAGGUUGUACAACUGUUACACCUGAUAGGCUUACAGCCCCUGAGCUGGACUUUACCUCUGUUUUUAUCCCUUUGCAUUAGUACUGCAAAAAUGACAUUCAAUAACAUGUAACUUCUGUCCCUUUAGCACCGUAUUGCAAAAGAUCUGGACACAAAAUAAAAAUACUGAAAAUGUUUGUUUGCAGACCAGGGGCAUACUCCUUGGAGAACCUUUAGUAUUUUAUCUUAUCUCCUUUGCUAUGUUUAAUUAGAAUCAGAUCUAUUUGAGUGUCUGCACAUAUCAAGCAAUUAUUUUAUAGUAUGCUGCAGGGUUAGCUUCUGAAUCAUGCAGGAUGCACACUCUGGGGCAUUAACAAAACACAAUUCUCCUGGUUAAAUUACAGAAAAGGCAGGCCAAAAUUAAUAAAAUCAUAAUAAUAAUAAAUGUAA